GCGGCGGCGCCCUGAGGGAGGAUGAGCGGCGGGCGGCAACGCACUUUACCUCAGGCCUGGAGGGCGGCGAGCGGGAAGGAGGAGAAGAAGGAGGAGGAAGAAGAAGACGACGAUGACUUGUUGUUGUUGGCGGCCGCGGCGGCGGCGGACCCGAGCCCGGUGGCGGCCGACCCGAGCCCGGUGGCGGGUUUCUGUGAGGCGGCGGGCUCCAUUUGGAUCUACCCCACUAACUACCCGGUGCGCGGCUACCAGGUGCGCAUGGCCCACGCCGCCUUGUUGGGGAACACGCUGGUCUGUUUGCCCACUGGCCUGGGUAAAACCUUCGUGGCCGCCGUCGUCAUGUACAACUUCUACCGCUGGUUUCCCUCCGGCAAGGUGCUCUUCCUCGCCCCUACCAAGCCGCUGGUGGCUCAGCAGAUGGAAGCCUGCGCCCGCGUUAUGGGCAUCCCGGCCCGGCACAUGGCCGAGAUGACAGGGGGAACCCAAGCUCUUAGUCGGAGGGAACUGUGGACUACUAAGAGAGUCUUCUUCCUUACACCUCAAAUAAUGGUGAAUGAUCUUUCCCGUGGGACGUGUCCUGCUGUAGAGAUUAAAUGUUUGGUUAUUGAUGAAGCCCACAAAGCCCUUGGAAAUCAUGCCUACUGUCAGGUUGUAAGGGAACUAAGCAAAUAUACAAAUCAAUUUCGGAUCUUGGCCCUAAGUGCCACACCAGGCAGUGAUACAAAGGCUGUGCAGCAAGUUAUUUCCAACUUACUCAUUGCUCAGAUAGAGCUAUGUGCUGAAGAUUCUCCAGAAAUUCAGCCUUAUUCUCAUGAGCGACAAGUGGAAAAAAUUGUUGUUCCACUUGGUGAAGAAUUGGUAGAAAUUCAGAAUGCUUACAUUGGGGUGCUAGAAACAUUUGCUGGACGCCUGAUUAAAAUAGGAGUUUUAGCAAGGCGGGAUAUUCCCAGACUUACAAAGUACCAGAUAAUUCUAGCAAGAGACCAAUAUAGAAAAAAUCCUUCUUCACAAAAUGGGGGAAUACAUCAAGGCAUAAUUGAAGGAGAUUUUGCACUUUGUAUCAGUUUAUAUCAUGGUUAUGAGCUGCUGCUGCAAAUGGGAGUACGGUCAUUAUUUAUCUACCUUUGUGGAAUUAUGGAUGGUUCAAAAGGGUUAACCCGUACGAAGAAUGAACUUGGUCGUAAUGAGGACUUCAUGAAGCUGUAUCAGCAGCUUAGAGACAUGUUUUCAGACACAUCUCUGCCUUCACUGAAUGGAAAUGUUUACAAGAGUAAAACAGUGUUUGAAAAUAAAAAGGAAUUUAUCUACAGCCAUCCAAAAUUAAGGAAAUUGGAGGAAAUUGUAAUACAACACUUCAAAUCCUGGAAAAAGGGAUGUUCUGAUCAAAUCACGACUGAAAGCACAUCUGUGGACACUGUGGGUACCAGAGUGAUGAUCUUCUCAUCAUUUCGAGAUAGCGUGCAAGAAAUUGCAGAAAUGCUUUCCCGGCUCCGUCCAGUUGUUAGAGUAAUGACAUUUGUUGGCCACUCCACAGGAAAGAGCACAAAAGGCUUCACACAAAAGGAACAACUUGAGGUGGUAAAACGCUUUCGUGAAGGUGGGUAUAACACUCUGGUCUCUACCUGUGUUGGGGAAGAAGGCUUAGACAUUGGAGAAGUUGAUCUCAUCAUCUGCUUUGACGCUCAGAAAAGUCCAAUUCGUCUCGUGCAGAGGAUGGGUCGAACGGGGCGCAAGCGUCAAGGCAGGAUCGUUGUCAUCCUCGCCGAAGGGCGGGAGGAACGGACUUACAAUCAAAGCCAGUGUAACAAAAGGAGCAUCCACAAAGCUAUUUCAGGAAACAAAAUGCUUCAUUUCUACCAGCGUAGCCCACGUAUGAUUCCAGAAGGCAUAAAUCCAAAGUUGCAUAAAAUGUUUAUUACUGCUGAAAAAUAUGAACCAAGCAGUUCAAGAAUGCUUUGCAAAGAGAGAAGGUCUAGUUCCCUACAGCAUAAAUCUGCUCUCUUUUCCUAUGUCACUGACAAAAAGCAAAUACACAGUCAUGAGAGCUGGUCUCUCUCGCCUGAGGAAUAUGAAAUAUGGGACAGACUUUACAGGAUUAAGGAAAGUGAUGGAGUAAAGGAACUGAUAUUGCCUCAAGUUCCAUUUGAAACCUUAGAAAACCUGGAAGAAAUAUCAAAGCGUGAAGAGGAGGCAACUCACGAACUUUCUUUGUCUGAAUGGAGAAUUUGGCAGAAUCGUCCUUUUCCUACAUCUAUGGUUGAUCACUCAGAUCGUUGUUACCAUUUUAUCAGUGUUAUGGAAAUGAUAGAACUGAUGAGACAUGAACAGGGAGAUUGCAGCUAUGAACUGGAGAUUCAGCCUCACUUACGUAUUGAAGAUGUUCAUGUUCAAAGGAAUAAAAGUCAUCUUUCCAUGAUCAACUCCACAUUUGAUCAGAAAGCAUGUUCAUCUAGAAAAGACAUGGCACACAGAUCAAAAGUAAAACCAUUUUUACCUGAUACAAAUGAUAAUGGGAGUGAAUUCUUUACCACGUUUAAAGUAACAAAAACAAAGACUCCCAAAAGAUCUUCCGGAUUAAAUUUGGAAGUGCCUGUGUUGCCUACAGAUACUAAUACUUCGGCUUCUUACUCAGAAAGAAGGCUUGCUCUGGUUGAAAAUACUGACCAGGGCAGUCAAAAGGAUGAGGAACGAGAGGUGACAUUUGACUUAAAUGAAUUUAUUGACCUGUGUGACAACAGUGAAAGUAGUAUAAUUCAUGAAAGUGCAGCAAUAAAGGAAUACAAAACUGUAGAUAAAGCUUGUAGGUCACUGGGGACAAAUGACGCAGAUUCGGGUUAUAGUAGCUUCACAGUUGAGAAAUCAGCUGUGUCCUCUGACUUAUUUUAUCUUCCUGAAUCAUAUGUGGAUUCGUUUGCACUUGUGAGACCAUCUGAGGAGCCUUCUUGGUUAAAUCAAGUAUUUUCCCACGUGAAAAGGCUUUUAUUACAAUCUCCUCCCUCUCUGAAUAAACUUUAUGAUUUUGAAAACAUGAUGAGAAAUGAAGAAACAAUAUGUCCUUUUCAAAACGUUAUUUCUGAUAGUUAUUCAGAAAGACUGCAGGACAAAGUCUUUCCUGCAUCUUCAGAAGUUAAUUGUUCACUGCUGCUCUUUGAAAAUCCUGAACUGAAAGUCACCAGUGAAUUGUGUGCUUCUGUAAGUACCUGUUUUUCAAAAACCGUAUCAUCUUCUGAAACUGCUGUUGUUAGUGCCAAAGAGGAACUUCAGUGGAACGACAGCUUUGAUAGUCUGUUUGCCAAUAAAGAAUUCACUGAAAUUCAAGAAUUCACUGACAUUCGAAAGAAAACGCCAACAAUAAAUCACACUCUGACAAAUAACCCUUCAAUUAAGUAUUUUGUUCAAAAAGAUAAAGAAGAUCUUGAAAUUAACAAGAAAAAUUUGAUUAUUGAUGAAGAGAAGAGAAUACACUUAUUUGAAGAUGAACGCAUUUAUGACACAAAUAAUGGAAUUUUUUCUCUGAGCAAUAAGCAUUUAGUUCGGUCAGAUUCAGGUGAGAGUGUUACUAGGCCAGUUGCAGAGCGAGGCUCCAAGUGGUUUCCUCCAGAGAUGUGCUGCGUGAACCCUGACAAAACCUGCAAGGAGCAGCCUAUAAGCAGUGAAACCACAACCGUGGAAAUGUCAGGUGAUAUUAGUGUGACCGAGCAGUUUCUGGAUAACGAUGAUCUUUAUGACUGUUCUCUAGAACUGUUCUCUGUUAACUUUGAUCUGGGAUUUUCCAUCGAAGAGUGUGAGAAUGAAUUCUUUGAAGAAAAUGUAAAUAUUAAUAAUACCAGAAAAUUAAACAGUGCCUCAGGGAGUCAUGCAGAUGUUAAAUCCACUGAAGAUAAAAACAAAUUACUGAAUGAUAGCUCCAGACUUGAAACAUCACCAAAACGGGAUUGCAAAAGUUUUGAGAGAAGAGAUAUUUCCACACCAUUGCCAUUCCGGAGCAGGAGCAUGAAUGAUGGAGAAGGGACUGAGGAUGCUACCACUGCAGUGCCUUUCUUGAAGUCAGGAGACAGAAGAACGGGAAGUGGAUCACCUGAAGCUUUGGCCUCUGCACUCACUACCCCAACAAGUAGAAAGGUUAUGAAUGUUGAAGCUAUCAAAAGAAUUCCUAUGAAUAUCUUCCCUAGUGCCAGGGAGGAAAUUCCAGAGGUGCCUCUUAUAGAUAAAGUAAACAAAAGCCCACGUAGGCAGAACUUCGGGAGUUCAGCUGUGGAUGCACUUGAUUCCCCUUUAGGAAGAACUGAAAACCUGGAAGAUGCCAACCUUUGUAGUUCACGUAUAUCUCCUGCUGAAGGAGCCAGCAGUGAAAGUGAAGAAGAGAUCGUUUUCCAGAGACAAAAUAGGAAAAAAAAGAAUGUUUUGAAGUCUCCUGAUGUUAUGAAUGAUAGUGAUUUUGAAUCACCGAUUCGUGCCAUCAGAAAACGUCGACACCCACUUAACAUGUCAGACGUGUCCAGUGAUGACAGCAUGGAUUUUCACAAGAACUCAAGUAGGACCACACAUAGCAGCCCUGCAGCCUGUAACAAAAAACAGCUAAGAAGUAUGAAACGGCAAAAGGUCAAGAGCAAUUUUACAUACAAGAAUGCAGCAAGACAGUUUCUAGAUGAAGAAGCGGAGCUGUCCCAGCAAGAUGCAGACUGUGUUUCAUCUGAUGAGAGUGAUGACACAGAGAACGAGCUGAACUCUUCACUUGCUCAAUUCCUGAAUGAUGAUGCAGCGGUCACACAAGUGUUAAAUGACUGUGAGAUGACAGGAGUUUACCUGAAAUCUGUGCGUAGUCCAGCUCUUGGCAAUAGAUAUAAAAUGGUUCAUCGUGAAUUCAACAACAUGGAGAUUUUCUCACAGAUUCCUGAGCAAGACCAGGGUUACGCAGAAGACAGUUUCUGUGUUGGAGAGGAGGAAGAGGAAACUUGCAGAAAAAGUGAAUCUAGUGAGGAGGAAGUGUGUGUUAAUUUUGAUCUCCUAAAUAAUGAGAGUUUUACUAGUGGAAGAAAACAAUACCUCACUCGCCGCAGAAAAAAAUUAAACCAGGCCAGGAUGGAAGAGAACUACUCUGUCCCAAUGCAAAAGAAGAAACCAUCCCGAAUUAUUGUUCUCAGUGAUUCCAGCGGGGAAGAAACAAGUGUCAGCAGUGAGAAGCCCAUGAAAACAGACUGUUUCAGGGCAGAACAGGAAAAUGCUAAGUUACCCACUUCAUUGCCUUCAGUCUCUUCUGCGCAGCACAAAAAAAUUGCUGGGGAAAUCAUUGCUCAUCAGUCUGCAGAGGCUAAGAGUGAGAUGCUUCUUGGCUUGAAAGCUGCGGUAUCUGAAAUGCUGGAUUUUCACCCAGACCAUCAAGUCAGGAGCACAUGCUUUCCACCAGCUGUCGCUAGUUCUGAUCUGGGGAAAGAGGAUCUCCAGGCUGCCACUGAGGUGGAAAGUUCUUUGAAGAACACCUGUAAGAGCACUUCAGUUCCAACUCGUUCUGCUUCCACAAAACCCUCUUCAGCUACAGCUCUCUUUUCACAUGACCCUCUGGAGAAAAAGCCUUCCCUCUGUAUUCUGGUAGACAGUCGUGAGAUCUCCUCUGGAGCAGAGGUGAUUUCUUCCUUGAAGGCAGUUCACGGAGUAAAGGUGCAGGUUUGCUCGCUGAGCAGCAGCGAUUACAUCGUGAGCAACCGCAUGGCCGUGGAAAGGAAAUUUCUGUCAGAAUUACUGAACUCUGUGAAUAGGAAUAAAGUCACCCAGCGGAUCCAGCGCCUGCAGGGCAUGUUUGAGAGAAUAUGUGUGAUUGUGGAAAAGGACAGGAUUAAAACAGGAGAAACGUCACGAUUUUUCCAGAGGACGCAGUACUACGAUGGUGUGCUCUCAGCCUUGGUCCAGGCCGGGGUCAAAAUUCUUUUUAGCUCUUGCCAAGAGGAAACUGCCGGUUUGCUGAAAGACCUGGCUUUGGUGGAGCAAAGAAAAAAUGCUGCCAUUCGCGUGCCGACAGAGGUGGAGGGUCACAAACAGGAAAUGCUCAACUUCUACUUGAGUUUUCCUAAUCUCAGCUACCUGGCUGCUCUCAAUAUGUGCCAUUACUUUGACUCCGUGAAGAAGAUGGCCAACAGCUCCCCCUCCGACAUUGCCACCGGCGCCCAGGUCAGCCUGCAGAAGGCGGAGGAGAUCUACCGCCACCUCCACUACGGCUUUGACGUGCAGAUGCUGCCCGAGAACCUCUGCGCUAAGGGGAGAAGCAAUGCAGCUGCCAAGAGCUGAGUGGAGUGAAACUUU